CACAGCAUAGUUGGCCCAUCCGAACAUUCGAAAAUGUUUUUAGAGAUGAAAGAUGUAGCAACAAGUGUAGCGAAUGCUCUUAGCAUUUCGCGCACGUAACCGAAAAAUCCUCGGCACUACAGGGAUGUUUUGGAGGUUAUUUGAAUGUUGUUCCUGCAUCACAUGGAUAAAUGACAGCCCUUGAGUUCUAGUGUGGUGGAAACCAUGACUUCCCCUGAGGGGAACUGCAUGUCUAGGAAACAUUUUUACUUCUUGGUGUAUUCCCUUGUAUUAGGAUUUAAUUUCGCAGCACUUUUUCUGAGCAGCAUAGCAUCUGCAUGUCCAAAGAGCUGCCUUUGCACAGAGAGGGGUGGUCUGGUGGUGCAGUGUGCUUCCCGCAACCUGGAAACCAUCCCCACCGACCUGCCUCACAACACAGUGUCCCUGCUGCUCUCCUCCAAUUACAUCACCACAAUCCCCAGCCAGGCUUUCAGGGGCCUUCCUCGCCUGCAGGAGCUGGACCUGUCACGGAACACUAUUGAAAAAGUAGAUGCUGGUGCCUUCCAGGGGGUGUCGGAGAGCUUGCGCACGCUCGACCUAUCCCACAACCGUCUGCGCAGCGUCCCGAAGGAGGCGUUCGCCCGGCUCCGUGCCACCAUUGGCCUGGCCAACAACCCAUGGCACUGCGAGUGCACGCUGCAGGAGGUGCUGCGCGAGCUCCGGCUCGACCCAGAGACGGCCAGCGAGAUCAGCUGCCGCACAGCCAUCCAGGAGGAAUAUGCUGGCCGGCCGGUCAUCCAGGUGCUUGACUCCGGCAUCAACUUCUGCAAUUUCCACCACAAGACAACAGAUGUGGCCAUGUUUGUUACCAUGUUUGGAUGGUUCACCAUGGUCAUUGCCUAUGUCAUCUACUAUGUGCGACACAACCAGGAGGAUGCCCGCAGGCAUCUGGAGUAUCUCAAGUCUCUGCCAAGCAGUUCCCAAAUUAGCAAAGACUUUGACACAAUCAGCACUGUUCUGUAGCACCUGAAUGACAGUCAGGAGUCUGGAUGUAUGAAUGUAUUUGACACACAGUGCUGAUGGUACAAAAACAGCAAGCCUUAAAGCAACUUUUAUGAUGACAUGUAUUUUUAAAACCACUGAAAAUAGCCAUUAGAAGCGUAAGUCUGAAAUGUCCUGUUGGUAAUUUCUCCCUGCAUAGAAUUUUGCAGAUGCAUUCAAUUGUCUUAUUUAUACAUCCUGUAGAUGAUGAUGUCAUUGUGGUCAUGUUUUUAUGUGUUUCUACAGUUUUAAAAGGCCUGCAGAGCUACAUUCAUCCUCUCAGUAUAUGCCUAAUUUCUCUUAUUUUAUACUUUUAUUUGUCCAUGUAUGUGCUAAUGAAGCAAUGUUACUGGGACAGAACUGGACUGUGUAGACAGACUUAUUUGCUUUGUCUUUGUUAUAGCGCAGCACAAGAGACUCAGGAGGAUUUAUUGUAGCUAUAAAGAGAACUGUCACUGCCAAAUUCUGUUCAUCUAAACCCUGCCUGGUUAUUUAUUUAUUUUUAGCUGAAUCUGCUCAAGUGCCUACAUGAUGGUACAACAAUACCUAAACACUGUGCUUUGGGCUUGGUCAUACUCAGUCCUUCUGCCAUGAGACCUUUAAUACUCAAUGUACUGUAAACUGUUAGUAUGGUUUGUAUUCAUGGCCCUAUAGAAUGGUUUCAAUGAGAUGUCAUUGUCCUUAUGUUUGAUUGUCUCAGUGUUACUAUGCUGUAAAGUUCCAACUUUACAUGGAUUGAGCUCAGCUACGUAGAAGUUAAGUGUUAUUUCACAAUCUGCAUAUAAAGCAUGUCAUAUGCAUUGUUUAACCUGAAAGGGCAAUGCUAGUUAUGAGUUUCCUCAGUUAAUGUACAUGUAUUCACCUGCUCUUCGUGUUGUGCUGACUUGUCCUCUAAAUUCUGUAUAUCAUAUUUGCAUUAGGUACUAAAGGAUAGUGAAGGACACAGUGCCUGCCUAUGUUGUUGCACCAAUCAGGCCCCUAGGAUUUGCUGACACACUAAGUCAGCACUAUGUCUGGCAGUCCUUCUGUGAUUCACUUUCAGGGGCAUUUCUUUGCUAGUGGUGUCUAAUGGCUUUUUGGCAUUAUUUUCACAUACAUAGAAUUUAGUAGAAAUUUAUAAUUGCGUAUCAUUUUGGUUUCCCAGCAAAAUGCAUGCAAAAGUAGUACAGUGCAGCUGUACAGUCCUCCUUUGGACUAAGCAGACAUUUUAAUUAAUUCAAUUUGAAAGUACUACAUUCAAUUUGCUCAAUGUUCAAUACUACUCAAUACUAUACUACUACUAGUGCUUGUAAUAUUUCUUUUUAUAUGGAAGCCAGUUCAAUCCAUCAAAAUAAAUUAAUCCAUAUAUUUUUCAUAGCUUCUGUACUCAAAACAGACAUGUCAAUAAAUAUCUUCAGGAUCAAGCUUUCUGUCAGCACCUGAGAAAGUUGGCAUCAUAAAAAUAAUUUUUAAUCUGGAAAGUGUAUUGCUGUAUACUUCAAAGAAGUGUUUUCUGAGCACUCACUAAAGAUUCCACAGAGGAGUACUCCUCUGGGAAUGUGAUACAGUUGCCCUCCUGACUCAGAGGCCUGUUCUGUGACCACUUUAAGCUCUAUGGCUCUUAAAAGAUUCAUAGCAGAUUAAUUCCAGUGAUAAAUCUGUAUUGCUGUUGCAGUACAGUUCAGGUGGAACUGGGAAUGCUUGAGGAUGCUUUUUAUCCCACAAAAAAAAAACUGAUUAUGUAGGCCAAACCAAGACUGAAAUUUUGCUAAAUACUUGUCUUCAGUUUCACAGAUGUUCUCACUUUUCACCCAUGUUACACAGUUGUGGACCUGCCAAGACAGGCUUAAUUAUUGUAAUUAAUUGCCAAUUUACCUGUUAUAUAAGGUAAUUAUUCAUAUCCACUAUGUCACCGCCUGGAUGUUGGUCUUGUCCUUGUCAGAUUUUUCAAAUAUGUUGAGUAGCAAGCAAAACUGCAUAAAAAUUACAUAAACUAUAUAAAAUUAUAUACAUUAUAUAAAUCCUUUAAGGGUUUUUUGCAGGUACUGUAUGUAUGU